GGAUCAUCCUGGCGCACAGGCGCAUGAGGACCGUCACCAACUUCUUCCUCGUGAACCUGGCGUUCGCCGAGGCCAGCAUGUCUGCGUUCAACACGGUGGUCAACUUCGUGUACGCGGCGCACAACGAGUGGUACUUCGGCCUCGUCUAUUGCCGCUUUCACAACUUCUUCCCCAUCGCCGCCGUCUUCGCCAGCAUCUGCUCCAUGACGGCCAUAGCCGUGGACAGGUACAUGGCCAUCAUUCACCCACUGAAGCAGCGGCUGUCGUCCACUCAGACCAAGGUGAUCAUUGGGGUGAUCUGGGUGUUAGCCCUCCUCCUGGCCUUCCCGCAGUACUACUACUCCGACACCGAUGAGCUGCCUGGCCGCAUCGUCUGCUACAUCGACUGGCCUGAAUACACCGUCAUGAACUUCAAAACAAUUUACUAUGUAUGUGUGGCCAUCCUGAUCUACUUCCUGCCUCUGUUGGUGAUGGGCUGGGCAUACCUGGUGGUGGGACUAAACCUGUGGGCCGGCGAAAUCCCCGGAGACUCCUCUGGACGCUACCAGGAGCAACUUGCCGCUAAGCGAAAGGUGGUGAAGAUGAUGAUUGUAGUGGUGUGCACGUUCGCGUUCUGCUGGCUGCCGUACCAUGUCUACUUCCUCCUCCACCAGUUCUUUCCCUCGCUCUUCGAGAGACCCUUCAUCCAGCAGGUGUACCUGGCCAUCAUGUGGCUCGCAAUGAGCUCCACCAUGUACAACCCCAUCAUCUACUGCUGCCUCAAUGACAGGUUUCGUGCCGGGUUCAAACAAGCUUUCCGCUGGUGUCCAUGUGUGACCGCCAGCUCAUACGAAGGCCUGGAGCUGAAGUCCACUCGCUACCUGCAGACCCAGACCAGUGUGUACAAGGCCAGCCGCGUGGAGACCACCGUCUCAGCUGUGCUGCCUUCGGCCGAGGAUGGUGCCAAGGCGGGAGCCAAGCGGGGCUCGCCCGUCCACAGCCCUUCAAUGGAGGUGACAUCUAAUGGCUCUUCCUCCAGAAGCAUGUCCAAGACCGUGUCAGAAACCUCCAGCUUCUACUCCAGUAAUAACCUCCCAGUCUAGAGAAACACGAAGAAGGAGUGCUACGUAAACGUGUAUCGGUAGAAUUAUUGGAUCUAUUCAUCUCUAUGAACCUGUCAUCUCUGUAUAAUCUCUGUUACGGACCAUUUUGAUCAGACAUUUCGUGUUUGUGUGGUUUCUGUCUGGUUCCCAUGAGGCUCAUGUCCUUCACCAUUCUCUGAAAGCCUUAUUCAGCCACAUCUGAGGAGACUGACCACUUUUUCCUCACCCCAGUAACUAUCCAGCCUAGCAAUGAGUGACCACAGGAGUCCCAUUGGUACCGGACGUGACCAGAGAUCUUGAUGGAACGAGCCAGCAUCAUGAGCAUUGUACAGACACAGAUGUGGUCAAGAUCAGAAGAGCCGGCCACAGUGUAUUACAGUUUACAUUUACACGCAUGUGACGUUGAGGAAUGUGUAGCCCAUGCAAAACCUAAACACGCAGCCUCUCCCCUCUGUGUGAAUGUGUGUGAAUGUGUUUCUUCAGUAGCUCAGCAUGAGGCAGCAUUGUAAUGUCAGGUUCAGCAGGACACCUAUCAUAAAAUAGGUUAUCGCAUAGCAUUAUUUUUUUACGCCAU